AUGGCAGAAGCAAUAACUUUAGAAAAUUUUAAUCAAUCUUCAUCAAAACCUCCAAUUUUAAAUAGUCCACGUUCAUUAUUAGCAUGUAAAAGAUAAGGAAUAUAACCUUAAGAACUAAUUAUUAAAAAUUUUGAGGAAAUAAAGCAAAUGUAUAAAGAUAAAUAAUUAGACAAAAGUCUACUUGAGCUAAAUUACAAUCAUCACGAAUCUCGAAGGUAAGAAAAGCUUUAAAUAUGUUUGUAAGAAAGAACAAGAAUAAUAGAAAAUGGUAUAAGUUAAGAAUCAUAAUACAAAAAUAGUAAAACUCAAUAAGGUUCUCAAAGUAUAUAUGGAGGAAACUCUUCAGUUAUUGAAAAUGAAAAAAAAUAAUUGGAUAAAAUAAAAAUGAAGCAACAAAAAGAAAUGGAACAAAUGAUGGAACAUGAAUUAAAAAUGCAACAAAUACGAGAAGAAAAUGAACAAAAAGCAAGAGAAGAGAAAAAAAGAGAAAUCGAAAAAUAGAAAGAAUUAGAAAUUAAAAGAAAACAGGAAGAAGAAAUAAAAAAAUAAAUGGAAUUUUUUAGAAAAUAAAAAUAAGAAAAAUAUGAAUUGGAAUUGAAGAAAAAGGUAGAAAAAGAUGAAGAAAAAUAAAGGUAAAAAGCUAUAUAAGAAUAGUAAAAAAGAAUUGAAAAAGAAAAAGAAUUUUAAUUAAAAGAAUAAGAGGCUAAAUAAAAAUAAAUUGAAUUUUAAUAGUAAAUUGAAAAAAAUCUUUAGUAGUAAUAGCUAAUUGCUUAAUAAAGAGAAAACAUUAUGAAAUAAAAAGAGAUUAUUAGAAUAUAAGUAACUUUUAAAAAAGAAAAGAAAAAAUAAUAGCAGUAGAUUGCAGAGGUAAAAAGAUUAUUAUAAGAAUAAAAGCUUGAAUAAGUAAAAGAGAAGAAUGAUAUAGAACUUUUAAAAAUUAGAUAAAAUUAUGAAUAAAAAUAAAAGCAAAAUGAGGAGAAAAAAAAAAUAUUUGAAUAAGAAAGAAAAGUUCAUUUAGAACAAGUAAAGCAAUAACAAGAAGCAAGUGCAGCAUAAAUAAAAGAAAUUAUAGCGAAUGCUGCAGCUUAAGAAUAAUAAAAAAAAAUUGAAUUUCUUGAGAAAAUAAAAAAAGCUGAAGAAAAAAAAAAUAAAUAGAAAUUGAAAAGGAAAAAAAACAAUAAGAAUUACUAUAUUUAGAAAAAGAAAAGGAAAAAAAAAGGCUAUAUGUUAAAUAAAAUAAUGAAAAUUAGAUGA